AAGUGGCAAUUCCACAUCCAUUUAAAUCUGAUGCUAAUGUUUGUGGUUGCAAUUCAUCCAAAUGCAUAAACUUUUGCUACAUUUAUAAGAUUUUUACACCCAAUCCCAUGAAUAACAGCGGGAAUAAAAAUGGCGUUGAUGAAAUUUCUAUUCCCACCAUCUCUGUUCGUCACUGCAACGUCUCUGGCAUCUUUUACGUUAAUGGCAACUUCUGGGUUAUCGGAAUUGAGAGGAAAGAAUCUUGAAUAUUCUAAGUUUUUCAACAUUGGUUCAAAAGCUUCUGAUGUAGAAAAAUCCAAGUUAAAGCUCCCUAGUAGAAUCGCCAUGGCUACGCUUUAUACACCAGCUUUUCUUGCUGGCGUUUCUUCGUUUGCGAUUUUCCCAGAUGAGAAUCUCAGGUUUUUGUUGCUCAAAUCCACCAUUUCCAUCCAUUUCUUUAAAAGAGUUCUUGAGUCCUGUUUUCUUCAUAAAUAUAGUGGCGAAAUGGGACUGGAUACAAUGAUAGUAAUACUCUCAAGUUAUUUCAUUUCCAGUGCACUCGUGAUCUUUAACCAGCACCUAACAGUGGGGCUCCCAGAGCCACUAAUUGAUUUGACAAACCCCGGGUUUCUUUUGUUUUCCAUAGGAAUUAGUGGCAAUUUCUACCAUCAUUAUCUUCUAUCCAAACUGAGAAGCCAAGGUCCCAAUAAAGAAUAUAAGAUCCCAAAGGGUGGUUUGUUUGGAUUUGUGAUUUGCCCUCACUAUUUAUUUGAGGUUUUAGUGUUUUGGGGGUUUGCCUUCAUUUCUCAGACUCUGUUUUCAUUUGCAUAUGCAAUGGGCACUACUUUUUACUUGUUGGGUAGAAGCUCUGCCACUAGGAAAUGGUACCUUUCAAAGUUUGAAGAUUUUCCCAUGAAUGUUAAGGCUAUGAUUCCUUUUCUUUUCUAAAUUCUAGAUGUUGAGACUUUUACAAAAUACUUAAAUUCAGCCUUGUUUUUGCA